UAUAUGCAUUUGAACUAGCUUUGCUUCAUGGAUGCGAUGGUAUUCGGAAUUCAAUAAUCUUAUUUUCAGAUGUCAGAAGUAAUCGAAUUUCUCAAAUUGUUUUGGUUGACUUUCACUCCUUUUGCUUUAUCAAAUUCAUGAAGGUGACAAUGAGAUAUUCCAGCUUUGACAGAAAUGGCCUCUCCUCGUGAAUGUCAAUUUCUUCACGUGCGCAAUGUUUCUCCUAAUUUUGUUGUCUGGUUAGCUGCUAUUCUUUGAAUUUUUGGGUUUCUGGUCCAUGAUGAAAUCCCCACAAUCAGCUUAUGCAUUACCACAAGGACAUUCUCAAUAUUUGGUGGAUAAGACAGGUGAUUGAAUGCUUGUAUUAGAACAGACAAUUCCGUUAUUUCCCCCUUUUUCUGAUUCAUAAAAGCAAGUCUGUAUCUGCACAGUUGUAUUUGUGAAUUGACCAGUUCUUGGGUAACGGAGAGAUGAUAGGAUUUCAAUUUCUUAUACAGAAGAAACAAGUCAGUUGAGCAAUUGUGAUAAACCAUCUGUAUUUCAGGGUUCUAAGUAACCCCACUUCUAAUUCAAGCUACGGCAUGAUUUUACUGGAAAACUCACAAUAACACAUCAAUCAAAGGCCGAAUUUCUGCGUAAGUCACAAAUUACCAAAGUGGGAAACUCAUAACCUACUCUCUGUUGGUGAGAUGGCCAUCCGGCCUCAUCAUGGAACCAUGGUAACGGUCACUCCGUUACGGAAGGAGUAAUUUCAGGAGUACUUGUAGGGCGAUACCGCUGAUCGGAAAAGAUCCGUUGUUCAACAGAUCUUUUGACUCUAUCUCUAUAAAAGAGUCAAUAGUAAAGUUGGAAAAAUAAUAUACGCAUAUGAUCAAUCAGUUGGAGCCCAAAAUCCUGGAAACCCUCUAUCUUCUUCUUCUUUUUGUUCUUGAGAAACCCUACACUGGUAUCAGAGCAAAGGUUGAGAUCCAAAGCACCACCGAUAGCUAAAGCUUGGCAAUCAUAGCCGAUUGGAGACCAGUUACCCUCAUCGAACUAAUUAUCUUGAAUCUGAGGAUCGAGCUGCCCGCCGGUGGCUGAACUUGAAGUUUCUUCCUCUCACCCAUCUCGAUUAUAGCCGUGAGAGUGAGAAGCAUUUCGCUGCUGCAGACCUUCUACAGAACAUUACUUGAGUCGGGAUAGCGAGAAGCAGUUUGCCGCUGCCAUAUCUUCUUCUGAUCAAACCACCGACGGAUUUGUUUUGAAACUUUGCUUUAAGAAGAAAUUUAAGUGCUUUACUUUGAACUGCAAUUACUUUACAGAGAAGUACGGCUGAGAUGACAUUCGGGCAGCAGAAUACGGAGAAAGAGGCUCAUGAAAUGCUUAGUUAUGCAUUCGAACGUGGUAUUAACAUUUUAGAUACUGCAGAGGCGUAUCCAAUCCCAAUGAGCAAGGAGACGCAAGGAAGGACAGAUAUUUAUAUUGGUAAUUGGUUGAAGUCUCGUCCUCGUGACAAGGUAAUAUUGGCUACAAAAGUUUCUGGUUAUUCAGAGCGAUCAAGUUAUUUACGUGACAAUGCAAGUGUUUUACGGGUUGAUGCUGCUAACAUUAAGGAAAGUGUAGAGAAAAGCCUUCAGCGCCUCAACACUGACUACAUUGAUUUAUUGCAAAUUCAUUGGCCGGACCGCUAUGUAGCAUUAUUUGGUGAGUUUACAUAUGAUGCUUCAAAGUGGAGGCCAAGUGUUCCAUUUGUGGAGCAGCUCCGGGCAUUUCAGGAACUCAUUAAAGAAGGGAAGGUAAGAUACAUUGGUGUUUCUAAUGAAACUUCUUAUGGUGUGAUGGAGUUUGUUCAUGCUGCACAAGAUGAAGGACUACCAAAGAUUGUCAGCAUCCAAAACAGCUAUAGCCUGCUUGUUAGAUGUGGAUUUGAAGUUGAUUUGGUUGAAGUAUGCCACCCGAACAAUUGCAACAUUGGCUUACUUGCUUAUUCUCCUUUGGGCGGUGGAGCUCUGAGUGGAAAAUAUUUUGAUAUUAAUUCUGAAGCUGCAAAGAAAGGAAGGCUGAACCUCUUCCCUGGAUACAUGGAGAGAUAUAAUAAAUCCAUCUCCAAGGAAGCAACAAAAUUUUACAUUGAAUUGGCAAAGAAACAUGCCCUAACACCUGUUCAGCUCGCCCUUGGAUUCACUCGGGAUCGUUCAUUUGUGACUAGCUCAAUCAUUGGUGCAACUUCACUUGACCAACUAAAGGAAGACAUCGAUGCAUUUGUAACAACAGAACGUCCUUUUCCACCUGAAGUCAUGAUGGAGAUUGAGAACAUAUUCAAUAGAUACAAAGAUCCAGCAAUCUUUUGAGUUAUUAUGGUAUAAUUUGCACCUGAUUCAGUUUGACCUUUUCUCCCAUGGAAGAUUUUGGUUACCACACCUUGCCUGUUUUGAAAACUCAGUUCUACAUGAAAUGCCCAUUUAUUUUGCAAUAGAUUGGAUAAUUUCAGUUAUUCUUGGGCAAGUUAUAUGAAAUGUAUGGGGCCUCAAUAUGUGAGAAGUUUAUGUAAAUCAAGGGGUAUUCCAUGGAGGCCAUAAUAAACCAAAGGUUGAUCAAUCGCCACUUAUCUGGAAUAUUGGCUUGGAUUGAUAUUGACUUUGUUUGACUUCGUACUAAUUUCCACGCAUUCUAUCA